CGCCAACCUUGCGUCACCCUGUCAGACCGCUACCGAGCACACUUCAGCAGUCCACAAGAGCCGCAUAUUCCUUUGGAAAACAACAUUUGGGGAGGGAGCAUUAAGUGAAGAGCUCUAAGUUCGAACUUUAAUAUGGGUUGCCACCACAUUUUUUCCGCUCUUGCCUUGUCGUAUGGCGGCUAGCUAGUCCCUCGGUCGAUGAGAACUGCAAAUGGGCAGACUUCAGUCGUUUGAUUUGUUUCAGGCAGAGAACAAACUGUUUUUGUUUCGUACAAAAGCUCGCCAAACCAUAUCAUUAUGCACAUGCAAAUUUUUAUAUCCAAUAACUCGAUGGGUUGGCGUCUCAUUCCAGCGGGCGCGCAUGUCCGGUUCUCCCAAGGAUUAGGAUACCGCGUUUGCUCCAGUGUUGUACACAUCCGAAACCUCUGCAAUUCGUCAUUGUACGUCUGUUAGUAUGCUGUACAAAUGGCGUAUUCAGACAGAAGAAUUGUCCUUCCAGCUCUCGCCAUUGAUACCAUGACCCCCGUUUAGAAUGAGUUGAGGGACACAGAAUAUAGGAAGUUGGGAGGAUUAAUAAAGCUUGACAGAACGUUCCCUGUGUGUGCACGCCAUGUAUCUUCUGGUCGCAACCAUUUCACCCAGAAAUGCUGUUACAGUUAUCCAUUUCCUCUUUUUCCCGCCUCCCGACAGGGUCAUCUUCUCCGCUGCAUUGUGCAGUUCAACACAACGCAACCGCUUCAGGAUUGUGUCGUAACACCUACGGUUCAAGUGUGUCGUGUCAACAAGAUGCAAUGCGAGAUACGAUGCAUAACGACAAUUGCUGUUUUCUGCCUUAGUAAAGAUGGAGUCACUUCGGGGAGGAGGACGGCUGCCCCCGCCACCGGUUACGUUGCUUCCACUUCUGGUCAACGACUACAUCGAGACAUUACCAAAUAUUUUAUCGGUCCAGGGUGCGGUUAAAGGCCUAGAACGUACAUUGACGCGUACAUCGGGGCAGAUCCGAACACAAUUUUUAACCAAGCCGCCGUUACCGGACUCUCUUGAACAAGAGUCUCAGGAUGAGACGAAGAGAGCUGCGACGAGCAAGGCCACAUCGGCGAGCACUUCGCCGUUGGAGCAGCGAAUUGACGCUCUUGAUCCGAUGAAUCAACCUGCUCUUGAGGACCCCCUCGGCAAAUACACCCGUAUCAGGCGCCCAGUCAGUAGCGUGCUGCGCCUCCUGGACUAUUUUCAAAAAUACGCAGAUGUCUACGUUGCAUGGGACUGGGAGAUGCUCGCAGACGGAAUCCCUGUUGAGCAGGCUUAUCAAAUUGGAGCAACCGAUUUCUCCGCGAUGCUGCCCGACCUGAUAUGCUUGCACAACGAACUGUUGAAGAUCAAUUUGGCGAAUGCGCGUACCUUGAUGCGACUUCAGCAGCAAGUAGCCGGAGACAUAGGACACAAGGGGCCGACAACUAAGGCGCUGGAAAAGCUGUUCAACGACUCGAUGGAAACACUGGAAGAAUCCGUCAAGCUUCAAACUCAUUUCGAAGAUUACGGCCCGUCACUGUUGGCUGACCUGUCGUUGGGCGAUCGCACAAAGUACCUCCUUUAUGACCCGACGAGACAGCGCUUGAUAUUCGACACUAGGGCAUAUAUGAAACGUGUCAUUCCGGAUGACUUUGAGAGCGAGGCAGCCGCAGAGGAGCUGGAUCAACGGAUUGCGUCGCUUUGCUCGGACGGUAUAUUAAAAGCCUACAACCAAGGCGUUUUACCGUCGGGGCGGCGGAAUCUGUCAAACGUUUCGGCAUGUCCCGCGAGACACGUAAGAGCAGAGGGUGCUGUUGCUCCAUCAACGAUCGAAACUCGAGGAGAAUACCAAGAAAGUCGGCCUCUGGGUGCUUCUGCUGCAGCCGCUGUAGGUGCGCACCCAGUCCACGUUCUACCAAGUGAUGGUCCUCGAGCGGUCAGCAGGUCCAGAAGUGGCGCUGGUGUACUUGAAAACUUUGCGGAGCAAGAAAACCGGCUUUCUGUACCGUCAACUUCACCACAUCGGCCAAUACGAAGAAACUGUCUUCGGCGGACACAGCCCAAGCAAGAGUCAGUGCCCGCAUCAGUAUCCUCAGCAGCUGGACCUACAGAGAUACAUGAACCACUGUCGGAGAUUACAAAGACAACUGUCAAUUGCGAGAAACCAAUCCGCUCCCGUGGCGCGGGCUCACUGGUGCCACCGCUUGCAAUGUCGAAGCUCGUGCGAUGAGUGAUGCCAUCGGCGGCGGAACGGUUAUACAAGAUAGUCACCGUAAGCUUGCCAGAACGACGAAGCAAUCACUGCAAGACUUCCGUGGAGAAGUUGGGUUACGAGGAAGGCCAACGCUUCGUCGUGUGUUCGUAUGUCAACACGUCAGCAACAAUCUUGGUCCCGGAUGCUCCAGGCAGAAUGGAACCGUGGCGGGUCCCAAACCAUUGUUGGAGUAACAGUGUGCUGACGGAGGAAUGUACACAGCUGUGCACAGUAGGAUCGUCGUGCUCAUUGUGCCACCGCAGACCAGCUUUCAUUUCUGGACUGCGAUAGUCCCGUAUAUUCUGCAGAAUUCUGCCCUCCCGAUGGGCGCUCCCGAACCUCAGAGUCUCACUUCUUUCUAAGUGUAGCUUCGAACAGUGCAAGGAUGACCACCGCGCGCUAUCUAAGGAGCGAGCCCGGAUGGCUCUAGCAACAGAAGUUGGAAUAUUUGCAGCGAAGAUCAGUCGCUGCAUUCACAUAAGAAACGAUAGCCCUAAUAAAAUUAGUUUGUCUUAGUGUGUGACUACUAUCCCCAUGAGAAUGUGGAGGAACGACUGAAUAAACUGCGCCUUUCAUAAUGCUGGAACUUCAGCAUCAUCACACAAAAGCCUUGGAAAGCAAAUAUAAGGCACCAUUGUAGUUUCGAACAACGCAGUAGUAAUAUUGAGUGGAUACACUGCAGUGGAGAGAUGUAUGCUCUAAUGGCCCUGCAGGCGUUGAUUCCUUGCUUGACGCCGCGCUUUACCGAGGAAAUA